AUGGCACGAUUAACAUGGCUACCUUUACCUUUAUGUUUCUCAGUUAUCUUCUUUCUCAUAACUCUCUAUAUUAACUCGCUCGUUCAAGUAUGGGCUGAUCGGAAUUCUCCAUACUGGUUACCAGCCUUACCGGACAUUGGCCACAAAUUAUUACCCUACUUCUCAUUCUAUGCCAUCAACAAUUAUUUUCUUUUAGCGUCGUUCCUUUUAGUUAUUAUUCGUUACAUAUUUCAACGCGAUAUUCGUUUAAUCGUAUUUCGCCGAUGGCUUUUUGUUCAAGCAGUGAUGUUUAUUAUGCGAAGCAUAUCGAUUUACGUUACUUCACUGAGUGUUCCACUACCUGGCUGUAACACGACAGCAGUCGGUUCACCACCGAUUGAAGCAUUUUAUAUUAUGUCUUUGAUUCAUGCAACAUGUGGUGACGUUCUUUUCUCUGGGCAUACAGUUACAUUGACACUGUGUGCACUGGCUUGGACGACUUAUUCUAAAGGUGAAGAGCAUUAUCCAAUACGUUGGCUAUGGAAUAAAUAUAAAGGCAUCAAUCGAGAAAUAACUCUUGGGAGACCAGGUUGGCUUUUUCCAAAACUAGAUUCCACUGGUGAUCCUUUAUCAUUCUACAUCACAUCAUUAUUGGUAUGGAUGUUUACAAUCCUUGGGUAUUUAUUCAUUAUUGCUACUCGAUUCCAUUACACAGUGGACGUUUUCCUUGGUUUUCUCCUUUCGAAAUUAACCUGGGACACAUACCAUUACUAUAUCAAAACCCUGGCGGAACGUCGAAGUAUUGUCAUUACACGCUUUUUCUUGUGGUUCGAAGGUUAUGGUCAUCCGCCGGCAGAUGCACCCGUUAGUCUACUUACUGGACCGUCCUAUGGACUUCAGGACCAGCAAGAACAACCGGAACAUAUGGAAGAGCCAAGUCAAGUCGCACGUCCAGGCGAUGCGAAAGAGAUGAGUACUUCCGUAGAAAUUAAGAAGCGUAAACUGUCGAAAAAAGCUGAUGAUUCGGCUCAAAAGAAGAAGAAAGUACAAUUUUCGUUGAAAAAUGAUGAAAAUGAAAAGCCAAAGAAGUUGGAUUUCGACUCGCUUUCCUCAUCUCUGAAAUCUCGUGCGAGCGAAAAAUUAGCACAGGUAGCUGCUGCUAAACGCCAAGCACGAGUAAAACCCGAUCCGACCAUGCUAUCCAAUGUUAAGCUCAUCAAAAAACAACUGAAAAGCAAACAAAAGCAAAUGGAAAGCAAGAAAAAGAAGAAACACAUCAACAUCGUUCAAGAUAAAGAAAAUACAACAUUUCGCCAGCGAUUGAAAGAACGGCAAAAGCUACGACGUGGUGUUCUCUACGAUAUGGCCGAUAAAUCGAAGAAAAUCUGGGAAGUUUUACGCCGAGAUGAAACGACCAGUGAAGUGCGAGUGAAACUAUGCGGCGAAUUGAUGAAAUUAAUCGAAGGAAAUGUGAAAUUUCUAUCCAUGGCACAUGAUACAACACGUGUACUCGAAUGUCUCGUUCAAUUUGGUAAUGAACAACAAAAACAAUAUAUCUUCGAACAAAUUCAAAAGGAAAUACCAACAAUGUCCAAAUCUCUCUAUGCUCAUCACGUUAUCAUCAAAUUUCUAACAUACGGAACGGAUGCACAAAAAGACACGAUCAAGAAAAGUCUUCAUGGUCAUGUAUGCAAGCUUGCACGGCAUUCAAUCGGUUGUCGUGUAUUAGAGUAUUGUUACAAUGAUAUUUGUAAUUCUGCUGAACGUUUCCAAUUGGUUCAAGAAUUUUACGGUCGGGAAUAUGCAAUUCUAAAAACGACGGAUGUGAAAAAUAUCGAAGAGUUACUUGCGAGUAAAACAGCAACUGGUCAACGAGCAAAUGUUUUGGAAAAUAUGCAAGAAAAUCUCAUGCCUUGCAUUGAAAAAGAUCUAUUGAGUACAUCGAUAGUGCAUCGAGUUAUGCAUGAAUACAUACGAAAUGCCAAUGAAAAAGGCCGUGAGGAAAUAAUCGAUGCCGUCAAAGAGAAAUUAAUUAAAAUGAUUCAUAGUCGUGAUGGUGCUCGCGUUGCGAUCCACUGCCUCUGGUAUGGAACAAACAAAGAUCGAAAAUUAUUAAUAAAAAGUUUGAAAUCGUUUAUAAUAAAAAUUGCAAAAGAAGAGCAAGGUUAUCCUCUCCUUUGGACAAUAUUUGAUGUUGUUGAUGAUACGAAACUGGUAUCAAAAGUGGUUUUACAAGAACUAAUGUCAAGUUUCGAUGAAGUCAUCAACGAUCCUCAUGGUAAAAAAGUUCUGAUGUAUUUGAUUGCACCACGGAAUACGAAACAUUUACAAUAUGAUCUUGUUCAAUUGAUGAAAACGAGCGACACAUUGGCCACAAGCAAAAAAGAUGCUGAUAUUCGUCAACAUGAAUUAUUCGAGUUUUGCAAAUCGUAUUUCCUAGAAUAUUUCACAGAAAACAUCCUAUCAACACUAAAAGAUGGUUUCAAAGGGUUUAUGAUGACUGAAAUGAUUGAACGACUUUCUCCUGAUGAUAAAUUAACUUCAUUUUAUACAUCAUUAAGUUCAGUACUGAGCACGUCAUCCGUAGAACCUCAAGCCGAGACCAAUCUGAUUGAAAAUCAAAUUGCUCACAAUGUCUUACGACAUUUAAUCAUCGCCGAUGGUAAAAGACAAAAGAAGCACAAACAAAAGACAACUCUGGUAUCGACAUUAUUAUCGUCAAUCUCACCAGAUACAUUACGCACAUGGAUAUUAUGUAAUCGUGGUUGUUUUAUUUUCGUCAUGAUGCUCGAACACGGUCAACCUGAUGAAUGCAAACAAAUUCGAUCACUCCUCGUACCAUCUGCUGUGGAGACACUCAAACGGCAGACAUUUACUGGUGCGAAAAUCCUUGUUGAAAAAUUGUUAUCUUCUUCUUCUUGA